AUGUCACUUCACAGCCAUCCUGCGGGGAUCGAGAACAGGAGGCGCAAUAAGCGUGCCACGGUGGUGUGCACUCGCUGUCACGAUAAGAAAUUCCCGGACAACUCCAAGAACGAUGUUCAGGUUGUGUUGAAGCGUUUGCCGAAUGCCGCUAUCGGCCCUCACAGCGAGGCACUGUCCGAAGACGCGAUCGCAAAGCAGCCCCAACACACCACCUCUGGUCCUUCCCCAGCCUUGGACAGCAGGAAUGGAGGGCGAGUCAAUCAUGCACAGGCUGACAUUGACGCAUGGUCGAGCGCCAUCCAUGACCAGCCAAGCCAGACGAGCCUCUCACGUGAACCGGUUGCAGAGCCCAUUGUGGAUGGUCGCAAUCCCAGCCAGGCAAUCGUGACGCCGGGACAGUUGAGUCUAUCGUCGCAAGGAAACAGCCACCGUGCGGCGUACCUUGGGGAAAGCGGAUAUAUGUCCAUCUUCAGGCACGAAUUGGCCGAAGACGACGCGGAAGAUUCUCAGGAGAAUGCGACGGAUCUACAGUCGACUCACUUGAUGCCCGUGUUACAAGAGAGCUAUCUUGACACGUAUUUCGAGUACUGCCACACCUGGUGUCCGAUUUUGGACCGGGAAACCAUGCAAACCUGCCUGGAGUUUUCAGAGUCGCAAUUGUUGCGCGAGGCAUUGGCUGUUCUCGGCAGUCAGCUCAGUCCUCCCUUAAUCCGGCACCCCAAACCUAUCCAACACUUCCAGCGGUUUCGGAAGCUGUUUUAUGACAACAACGAGAGCCAACCCUUGGUCAGGAUAUGCGCUGUGAUGUUGUUGUAUUGGUGGAGUUCAGGACCCCCAAACGUCGUGAGUAUCGACACCAAUUGGUGGUGGAUGGGGGCGUCUAUCAGGCUGGCCCAAGAAAUCGGGCUCCAUCGAGAACAGAACACAGAACAUGUCUUGAGGCCCGGAGAAACCAACGGGCUAAGAAGACGAAUAUGGUGGACAUUGUUUGCCCGAGACCGUCUCACCGCGCUUAUGCAGGCCCGGCCUUGCGCAAUAGAUCCUGACUAUUCCGAUCUGAGGAUGGCUUCCGUAGAGGAUUUCCCCGACCCCAACGACCCCAAAGCCGAGAUCUGGGUUCAUUGGGUCAGGCUCUGCGAGAUUAUCGGUCGAGUGGGCAAAGCCAUUGCGCAGGGGAAGAUUCAUGAACCUGGGUCCACGCCAGCAAAUGAUCUAAUGAAUUGGCCACGGGAUCUACCAGAUCAUCUUCAGCUGCCGAUUUCUGACGACAGGACGGUCAACUUCAAUAGAGAUGUGCACAUGCUGCAUCUCCCCUAUCUGGCCACAACCAUUCUGCUACACCUACAAAAGACUACUGACAAACUACCGCGGGCGUCGAUGACGGCCAUCAUCGCCGCCUCGUGCGUGUCCAGAACUCUCCAGGACAUUCUUGCCCGUGGAACGCUGCGCUAUCUCCCCGGCCAGACUGGCUGGUACAUAUCGAUCUCAAUAAUAGCGCUGCUGUAUGCUCGAAGUAUCGAGGCACUGACGACCCAUGCGGACGCCGAAAUCUCCAUUCUGCUCGCGGCUCUCAAACAGAUGGCUCUGCUGUGGCAUUCGUCCAAGAUGUUCUUCACCGGCUUUCAAAGAAUUCUGGAAACGGACCGGACUCAUAUCCAGCCUUCUUUUGGACUCGGCAACGCCGCCGGACAUGCAGAGGUUGUGGACCAGACACAGGCGUCGCCCACGCUCAACGACAUCACUGCAACCGCCGACUCGAGCUGGCGGCAACGGUUUCCCUACGUGACGAUGAACACCAGUCCCUUGAUAUCUGCCUUGUUGGAGGACACGGUCAACAUCCCGUUCAUGGGGAUGGAGUCGUCGCAAGUCAACUACCUGUUUGACUUUUUGGACGAUCUCGACCCUGACAUCCUCCAAAUGGACCUGAGUCUUUGA